CGGAUAACGUGCGGAGGCAAUCAAACGACAGUUCCAGACGAGCACGAUGGCCACGUCCGACAAGUAUGAUCGCCAGCUCCGUCUGUGGGGCGCCAUGGGCCAGCGCAAGCUCAUGUCCACGAACCUCCUCCUCCUAAACGCCGGCCCGACGGGCUCGGAGACGCUCAAGAACCUCGUGCUCCCGGGUAUUGGCACGUUCGAGAUCUGCGACGGCGCGACUGUGUGCGAAGCUGACUUGGGCAAUAACUUCUUCGUCACGGACGCCGACGUCGGCCGCUCGCGUGCGCAGGUUGUCAUGGAGUUGAUGCUCGAGAUGAACCCGGACGUCAAGGGCACGUUCCGCCACGAAUCGGCGGCCCACGUCGCUGAAUACGACCCGACGUACGUCCAGAAGUUCAACAUGGUUGUGGCCACGCAACUUGCCGAGCCCGCACUGAGCGCGCUUGCAGCGACGUGCCAGAGCCACGCGAUCCCACUUCUCAUUGUCCACUCGUUUGGGCUCCUCGGCUACGUGCGCUUGCAGGUGCCCAACCACACGAUCGUCGACUCCAAGCCCGACGCACCGUUCCACGACUUGCGCAUCGCCGAGCCUUUCCCCGAGCUCCUCAGCUUUGCCAACGAGUUCAACCUCGAGACGAUGAACUCGCACGAGCAUGGUCAUGUCCCGUACGUCAUCAUCCUCAUCCAGUCCAUCAACGAGUGGAAGGCGGCGCACGGCGGCGACCUCCCCAAGACGUUUGCCGCCAAAAACGAGUUCAAGGCGCUCGUGCAGGCCAAGGCCCGGGGCUCGUUUGGCCAAGAAGUCAACUUUUCCGAAGCCGUCGACAACGCGUUCAAAGCCUACACGCUGACCAAGGAUGCGAUUCCCGACGACGUCCGCGAUGUCUUGGCGCAUGCGUCGACGAUGACGCUCACGGCGUUGACAGCGACGUUUUGGUUUAUCGCGCGGGCGCUCGCGGGCUUUGUGGCGGCGCACGGGAGCUUGCCCCACAGCGGCCAUGUGCCCGACAUGACGUCCUUUACGACGUACUACGUGACGCUCCAAAAGCUCUACAGCGAAAAGGCCAAGUCGGACGCGCACCUCGUCUUCAACGCUACGAAGCAACUCGUCGCCGAGAUCGACCCCACGCGGACGCUCUCGGAAGAAGAAACAGUCGACUUUUGCAAACACGCGAGCUGCAUCGGGAUGCUGCAAACGCGGUCGCUCGCCGAGGAAGUCGCGGGCGCCAACCUCACCGAUGUCGACAUGGAGGACGAAGACAGCAAGCAGUCGCCGCUCAUUUGGUACUUCUUGCUCCGCGCCGUGCACCGGUUUAUCGCCGAGUUUGGCAAGUACCCCGGGGUCCACGAAGGCCCCGAGUACGAACAGGACGCCAAGUGGCUCGUCCAGACAGCGCAGCAUCUCGCGGCGAGUGCGACAAUGUCGGAGCCGUUCGCGGUCGAUUGGAUCUCGCUGGACCACGGCCGCGAGGUCUGCCGGCACGCCGAGGCCGAGGUGCACAACAUUGCAGCGAUCCUCGGCGGCAUUGCGUCGCAGGAGGCUGUCAAGAUCAUCACGAACCAGUUUACGCCGAUCAACCACACGUACCUCUUCAACGGCAUCACGGGCCGCGCCAACACGUACCAGUUCUAAGUCUUUGAAUGACGAUCUUGAUCUGGUUCAGUC